AUAAAUCAUACUAUACAGAACUACGAAAACCACGUGAAAGUGUAGACGCGACCAAGAGGAGUCGCGAAGAUUCAUUGAAUGCGUGAUUAGAGGAAUGCGUGAUAGUGAAUGAGGAAAGGAAAUUCUAAAGACGUUUUGACACGUCCGUUAUAAUAUUCUCCUCUCUUGGACACGUUCGUUAUUGGGCGUUUUUGUUAUUUCACCGUUGUUUCUCGUACCUCAUAUUUCCAUUUUCUUGUAUUUAUUGUUGCUUUACGAGUUUAUUUCUCCAAUGAUUUACAUUUAAUUAUUUUAAACGCAUAAAAAGUUAGUAUUCACAUAGCAAUUUUUCGGGUUGUACUGAUGUAUUCACAGUUUAACACUUUACAAAUGACUACGAAUCUUCGAGAGUACUCUGAGGUGAAGCAGCGAGUUGAACACGGGAUAAAAAUUUUGCGGAGUUAUUCUUGGUUGUUGGAUUCAUUUGUACUAGAUUUUUACAUUGAAAAACACUGGGAAAAAUUGCCUGUGAAGUGGAGACAUUUAUUGGAUACUGUGGAACUGGAUGAGCUAGGUUGUUUAUUGGAUUACAGGAAUGCUAAUCCUAGUUUAAAGAGGGUCUGGCCCCUAUCAUUUCUAGCUCUCAGAUCUGCAGCACAUAUGUUAUCUGUGUCAAGGAAACAAGCUGAGUCUUUGAAUGCAUUAUUCCACAAAUCAAAUGCACAUUUUGAACCGACAGAUAAUUUGCAUCAAAGUUCAAGUAAUCAGAUUAAAUUAGAUAAUAUUUCUGCUGGAAGUAUGGAGGAUCAAAUUUUGGGAAAUGAAUUUAUUAUUAAUCCAAAAUAUUCACAUAUUUUUAUGAAACAUGUGAAACCAAAGAAGCGACAUGAAGUUGCUUUAAUGGCAAAGAUUACUGCUGAAACUGCCAAAUCAACAGGUUGUUCAUAUGUUGUUGAUGUAGGCUCAGGACUUGGUCAUUUAGCACGCAUGUUAGCCUAUGGAUAUGAUCUACAAGUUUGUUGUCUUGAAGCCCAGCAUACUCUUGCACAACAAGCAAGAAAAUUGGACUUAGAAUUGGAAGUAACUAUGACUAAAUAUAUAUCGAAUGAUCAAAGUUUGGAUUUUUGUAGACCAGUUCAUGUGAGCAAUACAUUGAAUUCUUCAGUAGAUGAAAAUUAUUUUGUUCAGGUUUUGAAGACAGCUUUUGGUAUGGAAAACACAGAUAUCAAUUUUGGUAUUGUUGGCUUACAUCCAUGUGGGGACCUUGGACCUCUUUUACUACACCUGUUCAUUAAAUGCCCAAAUGCUAGAUUUAUUAACAUUGUGGGAUGCUGCUACAUGAAACUUAGUACUUCAGAACAAAACAAUGUUGUCAAUUUCCAAGGAUAUCCUUUGAGUAACUUUAUAUCUGAACAGCCUUGUUCUCUAAGUUAUGAAGCUCGAGAAAUAGCAUGUCAUGCCAUAGAAAACUAUUGUGAACGUUUGUGCAGUGGAAAUGUUUCUCAUUUGAAAGUUCACUGCUACCGUGCUACUUUGGAACGCUUGUUGGUGAAAUUUUGGCCAAAUUUACGGCAUUCAGGAAUUAGGAGUAUCCGGCACUCGAAUGAACUUCCAUUUGAUAAAUAUUGCCAUGCUGCAACUGAAAGGUUAGGAGUUGUUUUACCUGAAGAAGAGAUAAAUAGCAAAGAAACAAGAGAUGAUUUAUCUCAGUGGAAAAGAGUUGUUAUUUUCUAUUCUUUACGACUUCUGCUGGCACCUCUUGUGGAAACAGUUUUAUUGUUCGAUAGACUUUUUUAUUUACUGGAGUUGGGUCUCAAUGGUACGCUGAUUCCAGUGUUUGAUCCUUGUUUAUCUCCUCGUAAUCACAUUCUUAUCGCAACAAAACAAAUUAACAAAUGACAUAUGUACAUUGUAAGUAUUGCUACUAUGGAAUUGUAUAAAAUGUAUUUUUCAAAUUUACCAGGAAUAAAAAAAUGUUAGUUUUGUACAGUUAUCUUUUUGAUAUUUGUUUUGGAGGUAUUUUUGUCCUGUUAUAGUAAACCCUCAUUUUUUAAAUUUUAUUUCUUCUAACGGGUUUGAGAAGUGGUUCAAAGCUGUAUUUCAGUGUUGUUUUGAAGAUGUAGGGAAGACUUCAAGUACAUAGAAUGUUUGAAGGAUCAUGAAUUAUAUAUAAUUUAUUAGCGAAUAGUGUUAAGAUGUGAAAAUUCUUUCUAAGAAUUAAUGUUUUUUGCCACAUUUCCUUAUAGAUAAUUUAAGGGGCAUUGAUGAGCGUAAGGUUUAAUUUCAAAAGAUAGAAUUUUCUUUGUUUCGAAGAAGCUACCAUUGAGCCAUGUUCCUGAACUAGGUUGAUUAAGUUUUCAUUGUCAAAAUUUACAAUGAAUUUUCUGAUUUGAAACUUUUAUUUGCAUCCAGUAAACGGAUGAGUACAUCCAUUUUGCUGUUUUAGACACAAACUUAUGAUAUGUGUAUCUAGUAAGUCUUUAUUAAAGAGAUGCACAUGGCAGUUAACGAAACCAAAACAACUUUGUUUUUAUUAGAGUAAACUAAAUAUAUAAAUCAGAGAACAUUACAAAUAUUAGAUAGUUUCCAGAACUGCCAUAUGCAACACUUUGAAUGUCAUUACUGAAUAUAUUAAUCUGUUCUAUUUUCUGCUGAAAAAGCAGAUAUAAAAAUAUGAAUUGCUCUAAUUUUUGCUUUAAAUACUGAUCACAUAGGUUUGGAGACAAUUUGUGACACAAGGAAAAUGAAAUGCUUCACGUAAGAAAAUACAGCAUUUUCUUGAAUACCCUAGAAAUGUAAUUAUGCAAAUUGUGCACUUUGUUGUGAUUCAUUGGCACUUCCUGCACUGCCUUCAUCAUCACUCUCUUCUGUGCUGACCUUUUCAAAACCCUGGUGCCGAUCCAAAAACUGUCCCAACUUGAACCCUUCUGCGGAAGGAAUAUGGAAAUCCCACCGUGAAGGAUGUCGUGAAUGGUAUCUUGAGAAACAACCUCUGCGAAUGCGAAGUAUGAUAACAGUUGCAGCUAUUAUUAUGACUGUAAUUACACUUGCAAUAGCUGCUAUAGUUGCAAUAAUAGAACCUCUGCUUGGUCCAUUUU